AUGCCCACAGAACAAUAUACGCGGGCUCCGAGUCAGGUUUCGGCAGCGUGCUGCAAUAGGGCUACCGUAGUGCAGAUUGUCAUACACAACGGCCAAUGCCUUGCAACUACCAGCAAUGAGAAAAAUCCUGCCGUAAUAGCUGGAAACUCCCUGGAGCCCCAGUCAAACCCUAUCAUCUCCAUUCCUAUUACCAUCAACUGCCAUGGGGGAACUGUCGAGUUGGGUCAAGGGGCGAUCCAGAACUCCGUUCCUAUUGCCAAUAGUCACAAUGCGGUGCCAUCUAAACCACUAGUCAACGGAGAUACAGACGUCCAACAGCCUCAGACCCAAGAACCGAAAGAGUCUUGGGAAAAUGGGAAUAGGAGAGAAUCCGCGAGUGAUGUGGUAUCAUUACAACAGGAGAGAGCCUCAUCCGUUCAGGAUCCUCCCCGUCCUUCCGUAGCUUCUAGCUGGGCUACCGGCGACUCUGACAGGAACCAGGUUGGUUCAUCUCGGUCGGAUGAUCAUGGUGAUUCCAGACCGACGGAUGAUGGGGAUAACAAACCAGCUCCUAACAAGCAUCGCUGCACAUGCGGGAAAGUCUUCGCUUCCUUCACAACCCUGGAACAACACAAGGUCAAUUCGCCUGCCCACCGAAACGAGCACAGCGUCGCGCUCUUGUGCUCGUGUGGGAAGAAGUUCUCCCAUAAAUACCAGCUCUCACAACAUAAAAAACAAUUUAUCUGGCACAAGGUUGUUUGCGAUUGCGGCGCACAGUCCAAGGAUUCAGAGGCCAUGGAACAGCACCGGGUCACCUCAAAAGCACAUCGUGGGCGUGUCCUGGAUGGUCAGGUCCAAAACGGUGGCAUCUCAAACCCUUCCAAAGGUUCAGAACGUGGCGGACAUUCCCCAUAUGGGGCUGGGCAUAGAAGGUUGGUGUCUUCACAAGCCGGAAGUGACAUUGCCGGAGCUCGGAACAGCCAGCAGCGGAGCAGCCAGCAAGAGUUCGCGCCGCAGAAUGCAAACCACCGCGGAUCUCUGCACGUUGAUAACGGGUCGGUGACUUCAGCCAGCAAACCUGCAUCCUCUCGUCCCGGGAAAAAUAACGGCACGCCCGAUCUUGAGAGCUUGAUCAGUCUCUCUGGAACCUCGAAUAGCGCUAAGACCGUGAGGGACGAUGGGAGAGAUUCCUGGAGCAGGACUAGCUCUAAGCAAGAGUCAAAUCAAAGUCGGGCUAGUAAUGGAACUUGGAAGGGAACACCGAAUGCUGGGGGAUGGAAAAACUCGAGGAGUGGUGGGAAACCAUGGGGUCAGGAGAGCUCUCCGGCAAGCUGGGCUGAUGGUAUCGCUGAUACCGGUUUGCACCGAGUGCUCGGAGGCGUGUGGGUUCUGUGGAUUGUGUGGGUGGUAAAGGACUAA